AUUGCGUUGAUUAUUUGUAAACGUAAGAGGUAUCAUAUUUUGGCAAAAAGGUGGGUCUGCAAGACAACGAAAAAAUCUAUUGACCAUAAUGUGGAAGAUUUCAUACAAAGUUAUAAUUUGUCAGUGCCAAUUCAGCAAUAUAGAUAUUCAGAAGUUAAAAGAAUGACAUAUUCAUUCCGAGACAAAUUAGGUCAAGGGGGAUACAGUGUUGUUUACAAAGCAAGUUUACCUGAUGGUCGUCAAGUGGCAGUGAAAGUGAUAAACGAGUCAAAGGGAAAUGGAGAAGAAUUCAUAAAUGAAGUAGCUAGUAUUAGUAGGACGUCACAUGUGAACAUUGUUUCACUUUUGGGGUUUUGUUAUGAGAACAAAAGGGCACUAAUAUAUGAAUUCAUGUCCAAAGGAUCAUUGGAUAAGUUUAUCCUUAAUAGAGGAUUUUCUGAUGCAACAAUUUGUAGCUUGGAUUGGAACACAAUGUACCAAAUUGCAAUCGGCAUUGCUCGAGGACUAGAAUACUUGCAUCAAGGAUGUGUUUCAAGAAUUUUGCAUCUUGAUAUCAAACCCCAAAAUAUUCUUUUGGAUGAAAACUUUUGCCCAAAAAUCUCGGAUUUUGGAUUAGCUAAAAUAUGCCAAAGGAAUGAUAGCGUUGUGUCUAUACUUGGCACAAGAGGAACUAUAGGAUACAUAGCACCAGAAGUAUUUAGCCGAACAUAUGGUGGAGUUUCUCACAAGUCUGAUGUAUACAGUUAUGGUAUGUUAAUUCUAGAAAUGAUUGGAGGAAGAAAGAAUUAUGACACUGGUGAUUCGUGUACUUCUGAAAUGUACUUUCCAGACUGGAUUUAUAAGGAUCUUGAACAAGGUAAUAACCUUGAGAAUUGUUUAGCAAAUUCAGAUGAAGAAAAUGACACGGUGAGACAGAUUACUAUGGUGAGUCUAUGGUGCAUUCAAACAAAUCCAUAUAAUAGACCAUCAAUGAGUAAAGUAUUAGAAAUGCUACAAGGACCACUUCAAUCAGUGUCAUAUCCUCCAAAGCCUUUCCUACAUUCUCCUGAAGGGCCAUCAUUUCAAACUUCAUAUGUGUCUUCAAGCACUUUGUAAGACACAAAUUCAGCAAAUACACCGGUAAAAAUGUGAUCGUAAUGUAAUUUUUAAUUGUAGGUAUUUGAAAAGUCAAAUUAUCGAUACAUAUCUUUUCUGUUUAUAUA